GUUCCUUCUUUGGUUUAGAACUCAAGAGUUUCCUUCUAGGUUUUUAUUUUUUUUGGUUCUGUCUUCAAGAGAUUUGAUCACGAUGAUGAAAUCUGAUGAUCGUAGUUUUUCUAAGCAGCGAUUUUACGAAUUUCUCGAGCAAACGAUUCCUGAAAACUCCCAAACUUUUGGUAUUUUUGAGGCGGAACCGUCUUCUAGACCUUCGUCGUCGUAUGUGAACAAAGAGUACGGUAUUGACGACGAAGACAAAAGCUUUAAACUGUUGUGUGCGGUCGACAUAUCGUUAGGGUACAAGGCUAAGGCUAAGGAAGACAAAUCGAAAAAGGAGGAACCUAGGGUUUACUCAGGGCAGAUUAAUAUGGUGGAGAUGAUGCACGAAGUUAUCGGAGAGAGGCUUCAGAGCCUCUUAGAACGUCGAUACAGAUCAAUUACUUCCGUGGAACCAGAAGGACAAAACCCUAAUCAUGAUUCAGAAUCUUCUCGGUCUUCUCGCGUUAGAGGUCGUCGGUCCAAGGAAGAACGUUCGAUUGAGGUGGAAGAGAGAAGUCGCAAGAUACGCAAAGUUGAUCGUGAUCGUGGUUUAGAGGUUGAACCAAUUCAAAUGACUCCACCGGAGUGGCUUCUGAGGGUGAUGAGGAGAGAAGGGGACGGCUACAAUCCGAAGCUGAUCUCAACGAGGAAACUGUACAAGACUGAUCUCGACAAAAUCCAAGGACGUCUCUCUGUUCCUUUUAAGCAAGUUAAAAGUCCAGACUUUUUGACAGAGGAAGAGACAACACACAUACAUGAAAAUUCGAUGAAGCUUCGUGAUGAUGGUGUGAGCUUGGAUUUGGUGGAUCCUAAGAUGAAAAAGCACGCCCUUGAAUUGAGGAAGUGGAAGAUGAGUGGAAACUGGAAUUAUGUCUUAUGUAAAGGUUGGAACGAUGUGCUUUCUGAUAACAGGUUUGAGGUAAACGAUCUCUUUCCUCUCUGGUCUUUCCGAUCUGGAGAAGGAAAACUCUGCUUUGCUCUUGUCCCUUCUGAGACGACAAGUUCCAGCCACGGUGGCGGCUCUACUUCAGGAGAAUCUGAACGUGGAAACUUUCUGACUGGCGGUGAUGGCGCUUCUACUUCCGGUGAAUCUGGUCAGGUACAGUUACCGGUUAAUCCUCCUUCGCUUCCAGCAAGAGAUACAAACCACUCCAGCCUAGGCUGUUCAGGAGAGAGCAGCUCUAGUUCUUCCUAA